AUGACAUUCGAGGAACCUUGUGAUCUGAGCGAUUAUUCACCCAUCCGAACGGCAGUAAACCAGCAAAUGUUUGACGUUCCUCGACUUCUGCGAAUGGCAGACGCUCUAAGGUGCUUAGCUUCGCUACAUACGUUCAACGACGAUCUGACGGUGGAACGGCUGAUCUACGGCAUUGUGGUGGUAUCUAUCACAAUUGCAGCACUGUCACUAAACGCUCUAUUACUUGCUGUCAUUCUUAAAACUAACGUCAUUAAUCAGUGCCUUCGUUUAUACUUGCUCAGUGCAGCAACAGCUGGCAUUACCGGUGCUGUAACGAAUGUUCUCACGCUGAUACCCGCUAUUCUAUUCCAAAUUCGCUUCAUAGAUCCCACGAAUGUCUAUCUUUCAACGUUGGACACACUUGGUUAUCUCACACUAAUGCUCACGACUACGGUCAUUGCCGUUGAUCGAUUUGCAUUCUUUUAUUUUGACAAGGUACACUCCCGACUUAAAGCUGCUUACUAUCCAUUGUGUUGUUUUGCUGCUUUGCCAUGGAUACUUGCAAUAACAACUACUACGGCUAUGAAUUUGCAUGGCUGCUAUAAAAGAACUGAUCCGUUCGCGCUCGCAUACACAUAUGAUUGCAGCAACUGUGGCUUUUUCGCUGUGUUGCUCUCCUAUGCUGCGUACGCGUUUCCCGGUGUGAACUUCAUAUUGUACCUACUCAUUUAUAUUCAUGUUCUCAAAAUGCGAUUUCAAUUACAAAAAAGCCGUCAGUGGUUUGUCGAGGCGGGUUCAAGCAGGAAUGCAGAAAUCAAGUUGGUGUCCCAGUUCUUGGCGAUCUGUGUGAUACAAUUCUGCGCCAGCAACUUCUUCUAUAUUCUACCUGCCACGAUUAGCGGCUCACGGGCACCGUUCUAUAUCGCUAUGACUGUCACAAUACUCAACACCGUAGUCAAUCCCGCUGUAGUCCUCAUAUUUCAAUCGAAAAUACGCUAUGCAUGUCGACUGAUGCUGAGCAGCGCUUCGUAA